AGUGGGUGCUUGGUGGGAGACCGGGUUAAGUGAUCUCUUUGGCAUUAGGGGUUUCUGCCCUAACCAGCUCAGAAACUUCCAGCUCUGCAAUGUCCCCAGGCCCCUGGGAGAGAUGCUUCUGGUUGGGGGGACUCCUGUGUCUCAGCGUUGGAAGUUCAGGGCACGCCCCUCCUACCCCACAGCCAAAGUGCACUGACUUCCAGAACGCCAGCCUUCUUUGGGGCACCAAACUCAAAGUCCAGUUUCUCCUCUUUGUCCCUUCGGAUCCUAGCUGUGGGCAUCUAGUAGAAGAAAGCAGUGACAUCCAAAACUCAGGGUUCAAUGCUACUCUGGGAACCAAACUAAUUAUCCAUGGAUUCAGGGCUUUAGGAACAAAGCCUUCCUGGAUUGAUGCGUUCAUCCAAGCCCUUCUGCAUGCAGCAGAUUCUAACGUGAUUGCCGUGGACUGGGUUUAUGGGUCUACGGCGGUCUAUUUCUCAGCCGUGGACAAUGUGGUUAAGCUGAGCCUUCAGAUCUCCCGUUUCCUCAGGAAACUCCUGGUGCUGGGCGUGCCAGAGUCCUCAAUCCACAUCAUUGGUGUUAGCCUGGGGGCCCACGUUGGGGGCAUGGUGGGACAUUUCUACAAAGGCCAAUUGGGACGAAUCACAG